AAAAGCAAUUAACUGUGAGAGAGAGUUCUCAAAAACCUUACUCGCCGCCUCUAAAACCUCACCAGCGACGCAACUCACCGUUCAGGCCAGAGAGAGAGAAAGAGAGUCGUGGGGACACAGAGAUUUCGAGCAUGGACCUGGACGACAUAGACGCGCCGGACCAUGUUCCCUCUCGUAUCUCAAGAUUCGCGCCGAAAUCCCUCAAGCCGAAACCGAAACCGAAAUCCGAACCGAGCUUGAAACCGGAGCCCCAAGAGUCCGUACCAAAACCAGAACUCCUCGAAGUCGAUGCCGCCACUACGACUAAGAAGGAAGAAGAAGAAGCAAUUGGCGCUGAGGCCGAAGCCUCCUUGGCUUCGAAUGGCGCCGUAAAAAGGGAUACCGAAGCCAAGGUAGAAUCAAAGGAAGACGAUCCAAUUGUUGAAGAUGAUCCCAUGGAUGAAGACGACGUCGUUGUUCGCGAAAUCGACGUCUUCUUUAAUCCUUCCUUCGAUGACGACGCUAAGCUGUAUGUUCUGCAAUAUCCACUGAGACCGUCCUGGCGUCCGUACGAAUUGGAUGAUCGUUGCGAAGAGGUUAGGGUGAAACCUGUGAGUGAACAAGUGGAAGUUGAUUUGGCUCUUGAUGUUGAUUCCAAGAAUUAUGACCAAGAUUUCGGUGACCGGCUGAGGAUGACGAAGCAGACUUUGUCAUCAUCAUGGAAGGUGCCACGCACAACUGGCUAUGCUAUUGGUGUUCUGAUGGGUAAUAAGUUACACCUGAAUACAAUUCAUGCAGUUGUGCAGCUCCGGCCAUCAUUGGAACAUCUGAAGUCUGGUCGCUCAAAAAGGAAGAACAAUGUUGCAGUUAACGCAGAAGCUACAGUUAAAUUGGAAGAAUCGUCUGAAGAAAAAUCUGUUGGUCCAUCUAAGAAGCAGAACAAGCGGCUGGAGCCUUCAACUGAGAAGAAAACUGAUGAUGAAGAGCCUUGGGUUCCUCUCAAGUACCAUAGUUCAGAGAGUGAUUUCUCUGCCAGAUAUUUACAAAGAAUGGUGGCACAAAAAAGCUCUCCUAUACAAUUUAUGAUGAAUCCGUUUGACUAUGUUGACUCCUUCUGUCCCGGGGCACCUAACAACAUUAAACCCAAAGGUCCUUCAAGAAGGUUUUUGCACACACUGCCUCUGGAAGAACGAAUCAAGAAACUGCUCUGUGAGGGACCUCCAGUUCACCGAUUCACAUUUCUGAAACACUUUGCUCAAGACUACUCCAAUGAAGAAUUUUUGCAAGUCCUUCAGAAGCAUGCUUUACUGGUACAGGGCCUUUGGGCUCCAAAAAGUCCAUUGCUAAUUCCAGAGGGUGGUCAAUCAUCCUUAGCUAGGGAUUAUGUCCUUCUUUUAUUCAGCAAGAAUACAGUAAUUUUACAAUCAGAUAUCCCAACAAUUCUUAAGAAAACAAUGAACGUCUUCCUGGAUGCUCUCGCCUUCAAAAAAUCUUCCCCUAAAUUUAAUGGUUGGAAAUUGAAAGAGCCUGCUGAUGCUUCAUUUAUAAAACUCUAUCCAGAAAUUGUUGAUGCGCAAAAGGAGAUUUGGAACAACAUUGAAAGCAAGUUAUAUGGUUGUAUUGGAGGUAAAAGAGGUGGGCUUCGGGAAAAGAAUGCUGUCUUAAAGCCUAUUAUGACUGGUACGCCUGGAAAAACUGUGAGCUCCGAUAAAAGUGUUACAAAAAAUGCAAGUAGAGUAUCUAGUGGGAGGAAGACCAUGUCAGAAGAAACUCGAGAAGCUCUACCAAGGGUCCUGCCAAAAGUUUUUCAAACUCACAAGGUUUGCAGCUUCCAGCAGAUAUGCCAAGGCCUGCGUCAAUUGGCGAUUUCCCUGUCUACUCUUCCAAAGCGAGAUGCUAAAAUGGUAGUUGCUGCUGCAUAUGGUGUUGAUAGUCCAGAAGAAUUGCAGGAAAUCAUAAACCAAGUUGCAAUAAAUAUUAAUGACCUUUAUGUCUUAAAGUCAUCUCCAGAACACCCAGAAUAUGAUCCAUUGAGGGGCAUUGUUAUUGACCUUCUACGUGCAAGGUCACAUGUUAAAAAGGCAGAAGUAUUUGAAGCUGCCAAGUUGGCUCUUAAGAGGGAUAUCACCAAUAAUGAAUAUAAUAAGGUCAUGAAUGAUAUUUGUGUUUCCAAAGGUUCUGCAUGGGUCUUGAAAAGUGGUGAUGGAAGUUCAAAAUGAUUCUGCACUGUUCAUUGGAUUAGUAACAAAAAUUAUUUGAAGGUAGAAAAGAAGAUGCAAGUUAUGAGGGGAUGUUCAAAUUUUGAUCUUAUAUAUUGAAGGAAGUUGUUGAUAUUGAUGAUGCUCAAGCAUUUCAAGAAGCCUUUUUUUCAGCUGCUUGUUCUCUGUCACGAGAUCUGUGGGGAUACUCCGCCGCUUCAUGCACGCCCUAGUACCUGCAUGAAAAUGUUUUAGAUGUGAUAGGAUCCAGAAGAUUGACUACUAUUGUGUCAACAUGUGCUGUUUCUUCUUUGCAAAGGGGUUCAACAGCUCAAUUGGAAACGAAGUUUCACUUCUAGCGGGGUUAUGCCAGCCUAAGUACCUUACUAUUUGAUUGGUUAUAAUUUAUAAGAUUCCAUCAAGUCCGCAUUGUUUUCUCAUGAUUUCGUCGUCUUUUUUUUUUUUUUUAUGUCCUCAUUCUCCUUCUUUUCCCUGUAUCUUGCUGAAUACACAAAGUUUUGAAUGUGUUUCAUACCAAACUACAAUUAAUUGUUACCAUUUAUAGUAUGAUGAGUAGCACUAGAGGAUGGUGGUUGAUUUUGGGACAAGGUUAGUGAAAUGGAGAUGAGUCAUUUUAUGGUCAAAAUUUAAUGUUGAAUUUAAUGUUGUAGAUGAUAUCAUGUGAUAAAUAUGUUGGC